GUGUGCUUGCUCUUGCCGUAUGUUUAUCGAAGUGCUUCUGUUUGAAUCGCUCUGGCGUGUGUAUCUCACUAUUGGAUGAGGGGUACAGUUUCAAUGUGAAUCUAUCAUCGAUGCGUUCGCGUUUGCUGCCGCGGUGAAAUCUUCCAGCGGCUGAGUCGUGUGUGCUUUUGUUAGUUUCUGUGAUACCAAUUCGAUCUCUCGCGGAUUAUUGGGAAACAUAUUUCUGAGCUGAAACUGAUAUCUUACUAAUGCCGUAGAAAAUUGGUGGCAAUGCAUAUAUAACAGAUGUCAAUACUGUAUCAAAGGACAAUUGUUGGAUUGUUGAUGCUGAAUAGGUGCGAAAGUAUUGAACCAGUGGAAUAUUAAAGUAAAAUGGUGCUCUACAAGUUGAUGGUGGUUCAUUGGUCUAUUUUUACGCUCUUCACGCAGCUGGUGUUCUGUGCAUCUGCCUUUUCAAAUUCACACAUAAACCAUGUCAAUCACAAGUCUAUCUGUGAUGACGAUAGUGUGCAGUACGUCCAUGAAACGGGGCCGGACUCGAGCCUUGUGUUGAAUCUCUACCCGGACAAGAAUAAACCGUUUUGCAAGCGCCAAUUUCACGCUCCAGAAUCACACAGCUUCUAUGUGCGUCUGCAGAGGAUCCCUUCGCUAUCGAGCAGCAGUCAGCAGAUCUCACAGCAGAUCGGUUCGUCCAGAAAAUAUGGGAGCAAAAAAAUUAGCAACACUACUGAUUCGUGCUCGCUGAGUAUAUCUCAUUCGUUACAUGGGGAAGUGUUACCUCCAUGGCGAUUGGAUCCUUGUGAACUGGAAGCCCUGAGUUCAGGAGACGAACCGAUGCGUCUUCUUCAAGGCCGGUUAAACAUUGUGUGGAAUCAUCUCGGUAAUCGACCAGGUUAUCGGCUGCUUGUCACUGUGAUCGGUAAUGGACCACCGUGUCUGGAGGAUGGUAAACAUUCCUGUCUCGAAGUAGAUGACGUUCCACUGCUCUGCAUCUCCAAGGAAUUGGUAUGUGAUGGUGUACGACAUUGUCCUUCGCCGGUGAAUGCUUUUAGCGACGAAGAUAGCGCCUUGUGUUCCAAAAUGAAGGACAAACAACUCACGGAAAAUCCCGUCCAAAUGGUGUUUAGAAAGUAUAUACAAACAACUUUUAAGUCGUUUUUCUAUGCUAAUUCAACUGAAGUGCCUUCGAGGGAGGACACCACAACGGCAGACGAAGAGAGCGUGAUAGAAGUAAUUGAAAGUCAAACAAAGAUUCCUACCAAACAACAUAAAAGUACCUUGACAGGGCUCUCCAAAUACGGCCCUUGGGGAUAUUUAUUCCUUGGGAUGUUACUAUGUGGUGGCGCUCUGCUGGUUUGUGGAUUAUGGGAAUGCUGCUGCCGAUCACAUAAACCGGAGGCUCCCGACAUAGUCGACAACGAAAGCCCAUCAGUGUAUCUUGAAUCGGGGUUGAACAACACUAGUACGAGCUCAGCGAGCGGAACAGUUCAGACAUUACCUCCGUAUGAAGAUUUAGAUCCCCCACCCGCAUAUUCAGUUCUGUUUCCAAAUCAAAAAUCCUCCGAUAAUCUUCCCUCGCUGUUGCAACCCCCGAUGGAACAGGAACCUACCAACAAUAGUGAUCCAGCACAAUCUGGUAGCAGUGGGACCAGCGUCAACACUGUUCACAUACAAACACAAACCGGCCAAUAAUACGCCUUUAUAUUGUAAGAGUUGUAAUAAUUUUGAUAAGGCUGAUUUUACUAUUUAUUACUGACUACAUCCUUGUAAUGCCUAUCUAUUAUAUUUAUGCUUAGUUUUUGUCUUUUAUGUUACAACAUGUCGAGAAACUUAGUCCUAAGCCAAAAAAUAACGAAGAAAUAUUGUGAAAUUUCGAUUUCAUUUGAGACCAGAAUGCAAAAUACUCAAUUCGGUGUGAAACGUGACAUGCAGUUGCCUAUAUUCCAUCGAAGAGGUGUAUCGCUUCUUCGAUCAACAUGUUUUCACAUACAGUUUUGUUUUAAGUCAUUCAACGAAGCGAAGUGGUAUUACGAAUAAGCAUUUUUAUAGCUAAUCAUCAUGUGAUAUUAAGUUAUUCUAAACUUGGACAAUUGAACAACGAAGUCAUAGCUAAUAAAAAAUUACUAAAACUA